GUUUCAAAAUCAUUUUUAUUCGUCGCACAUCAACAUUGGAACUGUGUUUACCUUUAAAAUUUGUAAAAUUGGAUCCGUUCAGUUACAUCGAAGCAUGUUCCAAUAAGUAAGUAAUAUUUCACCAUAAUCCAGGGUUUUACAUACACCAUAAACUGUCUUAUCAUUCGUUAAUUCAACUGCCACACACAGUAAUUAUACUUACAUAGGAAACACAUGAAGUGAACAGUUGACUUUCUAAAUUUAUUUCUCUCCUAGAUUUGAAGUUCGUAUAUAAGAUGGAACGGGAGGCAACUUCUUUGCAGACACUGUGCCGCGGAGGAUGUGGCUUCUACGGCAGUUCCUCUACUGACGGAUUGUGCUCAGUAUGUUUCAAGGAAGCUCUAAAGAAGAAGCAACAGCAGCCUAACUCGUCCGGGACUAGGAUAUAUCACCCUUCAAGCAACGCAGAACAGAAUUGCUCUUCAAAACCUAACGAGAAUCCCCAACUAUCUCCUGACUCUGGUGAUUGUAAGGCCGAUGAAAAGCAUCACAAGAAAAAUCGAUGUUCCUCGUGUAAGAAGAAGGUCGGUUUGACAGGGUUCGCAUGUCGAUGUGGAGGUGUGUAUUGUGGCGUCCACAGAUAUUCCGAAGAUCAUUCUUGUACCUUCGACUAUCGGGCUCUCGGUGCCGAGGAAAUACGAAGGAACAACCCUGUGAUCGUUAGAGACAAAGUCACCAAGAUUUGACUGACACAAUAUGAGUUACUUGUCUCAGUUUGCGUUGUUACACUUUGGAUGUUAUUUAUAGACAAAAUGUAAGAAAAAUUCA